AUGAUUCUUUUCAAAUACAACAAACAAACAUGCAUGCUACACCAAGUCCGAGAUCUAAUUAUGUUGAUCAGUCUGUUGAUUCAUCUCAAAAGAUUUACAAGUCCUGAAGCUAUUCGAGCGGUCACUUCUACAUUGAAGACGAUGUUUAAUGGACCACGGAGCUCAUGGAGGAAUGUUGACUUGAUUAACCGUGAGGCACUGUGGCAGCACUUAGUCAUUGUGGAUCGAAUCCGUGGCGAGAUGAAUGGAGAACUUAAGUCGGAACAUGAAGAAAUGAAGCAAAAGUUUUUUGCCGAACAUGCAGAAAUUGAGGAACAGAAACAAGAAAUUGCAAAGAUGUAUAACGAAAUACUAAAGCUCGCCCAAGGAAAUAGCUCUAAUUAGACGUUGGCACUUUUGACUUUUUGUGACUUGGUCUGGAUACUUUGAAAUCGAGUAUGUAUAUUCCGUUUGGUAGUCGA